ACGACCAGGAGAGGAAGAAGAAAGCUGCUGUUCUGGGUGCUUUGCUGUGCCUGCUCCUGAUCGGAGGCGUCGGAGUCGCAGCUGCGACUGGCGCUCUCGGAGGCGGCGGCGGCGGUGGCGGCGACGAUGACGACGACGCCCCUUAUACAGAACGAGAUUUUUAUGACCCAGCUUUACCAGCGCGCCCAACUGGUACAUCGACGACGACAAGUACAACGACUACAACGACAACAACAACGACGCCGAAGGUACAACUGUCUAUAGAAGGUCCAACCUUGUGCACUGUGACCAUGGCAGAGCGUGAACUGAGCUUUCCUCCGGAUGCCCUGUGCGACCUGCUUUUCUUCACGCAUGUAUUGUGUGAUCCUUCAACGGACACGUUCGCCAGCCAGGACUGCGGCACCUUCCAGCAAUUUAAGGCAAUGGCACCACGGUUACAGAAGACUGAAAUGGGGCUGUCCAUUGAUGAGCGAUAUACGAGCAUGUGUAUUCGGUCCCUGAAAAACAAAGGUGGGCGUGAUGAUUUCUCGAGCCUCAUGACUAACAAGAUCAAGCACCACGGCUUGGUAUCCGUCACGGAACUCCCCAACAGUGAGGUGCUGAGCGUGCUUACGUUGCUCAGAAAUCUUCAACUGCAAGUAAAUCCUGCCCAGGAACUAGGAAACACCAACUUUCUUGUCAUUGGGAUAAGAGCUGACGCUACAAGCGCAGACUUCAAAGCGUGGCUUGAACCUGUCAAAAACGCCACCAGCUGUGACAUCGUCCUGCUUCACACGCACAUUUCCCUGCGGAAUGCAACUGCUUUGCUGCCCCCGUCAGGUGCCAGCAUCUGGGAUAGUAGGACCAAUAAGCAGUUCAGCAUGGAUAACGUCAUUAAGCAGAUUUCGACCAACGUUUUCGCUGAAGAUGUGGUGUACAUGAUGACUAUGACGAUGACUGUGCAGCUUUACUACGGGGACCCUCAGACCACCAACGUAGUUAGCACAGCAGCAGCAGAUUUUGCAGAGACCUGCAACAAUCAGCUUUCAAAUCCCAAGGAGGUUCAUCCCGAGCACUAUAUUUUUGUAGCAAAAAAUUUCAGCAGCGGUAAGACAGCUAUCAGACUUUUCUACGAUACGACCGCAACAAUGAAGAAAAAGUUCGACCUUGUAAGAACAGCGACUGAAGCGAAAAGUCCGGCCAUCAAGCAUCUGCGAGGUUGGGCUUUCUUCGAUGUGGACCGCGACGAUCCCGGGUCGAUAUGUGGCCCAGCGUUCAACAGGCUAUCUGCAAGCGUCCAAUACUUGCACCCCUGAGACGGAAAAUACAUAGACACUGUCGUCUCUCC